AGCCAUGGAGGGAAGUGAAGAACCAGGUCACCUCCCUGCAGAUACAAAAUGUCUGCUGUCCUAUUUGAAGGGAAACUAGCCAAGCAUAUAAGUGGUUAUAUUAAAAUAUUUACCAAUUUGCCUUUUAACUCUUGAUGUUCUGAUGGCAAUGAAGUCAAAAGCUUAUCUUUGCGAUGUUGGAGAUUUGGGGAAUGCUUUACAUUUCAGGGUACAAAUAUGUAAGACAGUACUCCUCACGUACAUGGUUGCAUUUUCUUUAGCAGCGUUUCACUUCAAGUCUUUGUUCUUGGAGGAUUUCAUGUAUGUGGGGAAUUAGUUCACGAAGAUGCUGCAGCUGGAAUUUCAGUAUCACGUAGAAUGAACACUUAUGAAGAAUGACUUGCACUUGUUGGACUACUAACUGCCAGUGGCUUAGAAGUGGCUUAUAAAAUUGACUAUGCAGAGAUGAAGACCUUGGAAAACAGCUUUAUCUGUGGGACAUUAGCUUUUGGUUUCUAUCUGCCUUUGUUGGCAGCUUCCCUUGAGACAGUUACCAUCCCAGAGCAGCUGAAGUCAGCAGUUGCUAAGGUCUUGGUCAGCACCACAUCCUGCAGUGUCACCUGUGGCCUGGGCUUCAAGGUGGAGGAGAUAUGUCAGAUUGAUCCGCAUGGGAAAAGGAGUCAUUGUAACUUCCGCAGGUCAGACUGCCUGACCAACUGGAUCUGUGGGUUACUCCAUUUCACUGUCCCCAUUGGCAAACCAUUUAAGCUCAGCUGCCUGACCUCUGAGAUGAUUGGUGUUGGCAGCCAGGCCUUUAUCUACACCUGGAGGCUUGCCAGAGGCAUCAUCACCACAGAUGAUCUGCUUUUCAAACCUUUCAAGACCCCAAGCUAUGUCAUCAAACUUUCCCCUGCCAAAGAAUCUGAUGCAGGGACUUACAGGUGUGAUGUGCAGCUGAUGAAGACAUUCAAGCUUGUCAAGAGGAUCUACUUUGGGCUUAGAGUGAUCCCUAAUGACUUAGUGAAUCUGAACUUUCAAAAAUCCUUGACUCUGGAACAGAAACUAGCAGCAAAUGAAAAGGAAGGAAACCAACAGAAUGGCACCAGCGUCGUAGUACAAUGGCAUCAGCAGUCUUGGCAAAGAAGGGCCUUGUUGGUGUUCCUGAUAGGAAUUGGAAGUGGGGUAGCAGGAGGUGUGUUGGUGGGCACAAUUCUCUACUUUUUGCUGGAGGCUCGCAGGAAAAAUAGAGCCACAGAGGAGUGAACUGCUUUUUAAUGCGGUCUCUUCCGACAGAGGGCUUAUACUGUCUUAGUGGCAGUAUUUCAAACAGAUGUA